GUAACACCCAGUGCUGGCAAGCCCAGUCAGCGUCCACUGUAGCUGCAGACAAGCUGUCGUUUAUUGGAGCAAACCAGCUUCCAGCCAUCAUCAUCAUCAUGCUUGUGAUCACUACGUUUGACUUCCAGCAACGCGUUUUUUCACCCAUUUCCUUUUCUGUGCGCAAAUUUGAAUAAAGCGCUUUCACGCUGUAGGAUCAGCCAUGGAAGGAAGGCGCAGAGGCGCACCUGGAUCCGACGAGGAUUUCUCCUUUGUCAGUCCAGUUGUGAAGUACCUGCUGUUCUUUUUUAAUUUUAUAUUCUGGGUAAUCUCUCUGGUCAUGGUGGCAAUCGGCAUUUACGCCCGUGUGGUAAAGCAUGCAGAGGCAGCGCUGGCAUGUCUAUCAGUGGAUCCCGCCAUGAUGCUUAUGGUAGUGGGAAUCCUGAUGUUCAUAAUCACCUUCUGUGGCUGUGUGGGCUCUCUACGAGAAAACAUCUGCCUCCUGCAGACAUUCUGCAUCUCCCUGACAGUGAUUUUCAUUAUUCAGCUGGCUGCUGGUAUUCUGGGCUUCAUCUUUUCAGAUAAGGCAAGACAUAAAGUAACUGAAAUGAUCAACAAUGCAAUUGUUCACUACAGAGAUGAUGCUGAUCUGGAAAACCUUAUCAACUACGGCCAGACAGAGUUUGGAUGCUGUGGUGGUGCGACGUACACUGACUGGUCCCAGAACAUCUACUUCAAUUGCAGCCAAUCUAACCCCAGCAGAGAGCGCUGCUCUGUCCCCUUCUCCUGUUGCAUCCCCUCCAGAAACCAGGUGGUACCCAACACCAUGUGUGGUCAGGGUAUGCAAGACAUGGAGUACAAUGAAGCUGGAAACCACAUUCACACCAAUGGCUGCAUAGAUAGGAUGGUUGACUGGAUCCACAGGAACCUGUUCAUACUUGGGGGCAUUGCACUGGGCCUGGCAAUACCACAGCUAGUGGGCAUGCUUUUGUCUCAGAUUCUGAUAAAUCAGAUCAACGAUCAGAUUAAACUGCAAAACUACAACCUCAAGCACAGAUCUGACCCAUGGAACUGAUUCUGGACUAGACUAAGUUGUCAAAAGGAACAUAACUUGUGGAGAAAAUUUGAAUGAUCAAAAAACACAUUAGAGUCAACGCAGAAGAAUUCAAUGUUUAAGCAUUUGACACUGCUGCCACCUCAUGGACAGUUAAGGUGCUUGCCUUUACCAAACUGGAUAAGUCAAAAUAAUUUUUUGCUGUUCAUCUGCUUUCAUUGGGAAUUAGAAAGGUGCAUAGUAUUCUUUCCACUAUAAAUUGUAAAUACUUGGAAAUUGUUUAUUCCUUAAAUUGGAUUUGUUUAAACUCAGAAAUCAUAUUCAGUUGAUGUCUUUGGUGCAUCUGAGAUUUUGUGUUUUUUAGUCUGUUUUGUUUUUGCAUGAAAUUUUUGGUAUAUGUGUUAUAUCAUAUAAAUAUUUCAACUCUG